AUGCAUUUUCAUUACGAUAUUAUAUUGCACUUCAAAGAAAUAUAUGGAAGUUAUACGAUACAAAAGCUUAUACUUUCUAACAACUUGUGGUUUCUCGUAUUUUUAAUAAAAUUCAUAUCAUUAAAUCAUAUGUGUGAAAGCGUUAGUGCUAAGGUCAAAAAAUUAAGGACGUUUAUUCAUAAACUGACAAAUCUUACUUGUUAUGCCGAAAUACGUGAAGAGAUUUUCCAGUUCAUUUUGCAAAUAUCACUUCAACCAUUGAAGUUUAAUGGUAUGGGUUUAUUUUACUUUGGUUAUGAUUUUAUUCGUAAGUAUUUUAUGUGGAUCCUGACCGUGGUUAUUUUCAUGGCACAAAUGGAUUUUGGAUCCAUAUGGCCUGAUUUGUACAUUAGAACUAAUUCUAAGGAAAUAAGUAUCAUAAUUCAUGGAUUAACAAAUUCUUUUCGAUAUGCUGAUGUUUAUAACGAGAUUUACCAGUUUACAUUACAAAUAAUACACCAUCCAUUGAAACUCACUGGACUAGGUCUGAUCAACUUUGGCAACAACUUUCUCCGAAAAUUUAUUACAACAACUGUGACAACAUUAAUUAUUAUAAUUCAAAUGUCGAAAUCUCAGGCGGUUCUGGGCUUUUAAAAAGAUUGGUCAAAUUGAUAUCCAGAAUUAUAUAGUACAUAAAGAUUGUUAUUUAGGAAACAAAAGUAUAUAUCUUUUAUGUUUUGAAAAU